AAAGUGGACUAGAUUCGAAUUUGGAUGGAAGCUCUCUCUCUACUUUUAGAGAGAGUAGCAAUUCUCUCUUCCUCUUAUCUCCAGAAAAAUCUUUCAGAGGAAGGAGAUGUCUUUGGUUUUGAUGCUUUCUCUUCUUUUUCUUUAGUUUCUUUUUCAGAGAGAGCGAUCUUUGUGUUAGUUCGCCGGAGUUUUGUCCGGUACAAAGUCUCGACCUUUGGGCUCUGACUCUGGGAAGCGGUUGUUUGCUAUCACCGGCUUCGCCAGCUUUUGUCUCCGGGAAGUGAUAGCUUCUAUAGUAUUUACUUCGCCGGCUCUCUUCUGGAGUCUUUUCUCCGGGUUUGUGUUUGAUCGGCGUUUCAUGUGUUUCCUUCGCUCAUCCGACUCUUGAGCUUGUCGUCCGAUGUCUCUUUCCUUCCCUUCGGCUGGGUUGUUUCAUCCUCAAGCUUAUUCGUAUCAACAAGGAUGUCUAAUCGUUAAUUCAGGAAAAUCGAUGUUGAUUGGCUCGAUUGAAGACGGUUGAUUUCUCCUCUCUGAAACGUUUGAUCCGUCAGUCUAGGCUUAGCAACUUUGAUAUUGGUGAGAGUUUCUCUGUUUGAGCGGCUUUUCACCGGCUUGUCUCUCCUGUUGGUGGAGCUCCGUCGUGCCUCGUUGCUGGCUCCGGAGGAAGACGGUGAUUGGUUAUCUUGACGCGUUGAUCAUGAAUCGUUUGUCGACCGAACACGUGGUGGAUGACUAAUCAUCUUUCCUCAACGGUUUCUAUUUGCUGUGCUUACGGCCGCAAGUUGUAUCUAAUAGUUGGGCUUUUUGGGCUCUUAUGCUAUUUGGGCCUUGUGUUGUGCCCUUAGCUGUUUUGUUUGUUUGGUGUUUGUUGGACAUGUUUGUUGACUUUGUUUUCGUUAAUAACAUCAGUGAAAAAAAAAUAAAAAAAUUUGAAUUUGGAUAUUUUUAAUACUUUAAAUAAUUGGCAUCUUCUACAAUAGACUAAAAACCCCCCAAAUUAAAAACAUUAAAAAGUAAAAACCGAAAAAUUGCUGCGGUCGCCACAUCUCUUCUAUCAGUGCUCCGAUAAGACAGCAAUGUUCGUUUCCGACAAGCCUCGUCCUAUCGAUUUCUACAAAGACGAUAACACCACCACCGCACGCGACAACAUGAUCAUCGACGUCACCACCAACGCACCAGGAAGAGAUCUACAUCCCCACCAUCAUCACCACCAUCUCCAGCCGCAACAGAUUCUCCUCGGAGAAAGCAGCGGCGAGGACCACGAAGUGAAAGCUCCCAAGAAACGAGCGGAGACAUGGGUCCAAGACGAGACUCGCUCCCUGAUCAUGUUCCGCCGAGGCAUGGACGGACUCUUCAACACCUCCAAGUCCAACAAGCACCUCUGGGAGCAGAUCUCCGCCAAGAUGCGGGAGAAAGGCUUCGAUCGGUCUCCGACCAUGUGCACCGACAAGUGGAGGAAUCUUCUGAAGGAGUUCAAGAAGGCCAAGCAUCAUGACAGAGGGAAUAGAUCGGCUAAGAUGUCGUAUUACAAGGAGAUUGAAGAGAUUCUUAGGGAGAGGAGCAAGAAAGUGACGGCGACGGGGCAGUACAGCAAGAGCUCUAAUGCAACGCCCACUGCUAAAGUUGAUUCCUUUAUGCAGUUUACUGAUAAAGGUUUUGAUGAUCCGAGCAUUUCUUUUGGAUCUGUUGAAGCUAAUGGAAGGCCAGCGUUAAACCUUGAAAGGCGUCUUGAUCAUGAUGGUCAUCCUCUUGCGAUCGCUACAGUUGAUGCUGUUGCAGCAAAUGGAGUUCCUCCUUGGAAUUGGAGAGAGACUCCUGGAAACGGUGGGGAUUCUCAUGGUCAGCCUUUUGGUGGGAGGGUCAUAACUGUUAAAUUUGGCGACUAUACAAGAAGAAUCGGCGUUGAUGGUAGCACUGAAGCAAUCAAAGACACUAUCAGAUCCGCUUUUGGGUUAAGAACACGACGGGCUUUUUGGUUAGAGGAUGAAGAUCAGGUUGUUCGUUGUCUUGAUCGAGACAUGCCCUUAGGGAACUAUCUACUCCAUGUAGAUGAUGGACUAGCUAUUAGAGUUUGCCAUUAUGAUGAAUCCAACCAGUUACCAGUCCAUACAGAAGAGAAAGUCUUCUACACGGAAGAAGACUACCGUGAUUUUCUAGCUAGACGGGGAUGGACAUGUCUGCAAUUUGAUGGUUUUAGGAACAUAGAGAACAUGGAUGAUCUUCAACCAGGUGCUGUGUACAGAGGAGUGAGAUGAGAGAAUGAGAACUUCUCGUCCAAAACCAUCAACAAUUUAUCUAAUCACAAAAACUGUCUACUGUAAAUAAAUGUUUUAUCAUUUCCUUUGUACAUUUCCGCCUUUUUGUUUCCUACCUAAUGAGAAGAACAAAGAAUGUACUUGCUCAAAUGUAACAUAAUCAACUUGGAUUCAACUUGCAUGCUAAUAAGACCUCAAAUUGUAUUUAUUUUGUAUGUUACACUUUGGAAGGAUCAUAAGAGAGGUGUAACUUCAAUUUCA